UACUGGUUGUCGCACGACAGCAACCCCUAGUAGGAAUGCUGGCUCGAUCAACCACUCCCUAUAUAACAGGUACGUCUGACACCUGAACCGUAAAACAAGUCGUUGUCUUAGUGCAACCCAGGGAGUUAUCGUCUCUUUUAAUAGCCCUAAUACGAGCAACAAUUUCUCAUUUUCUCAGGCUUGAAGGAAAUUUUAUACCUUCCUCCAUAACGGAUUCUCGCAGACUAUGCAUUUGUUUUGGAAUUGGUUAAUAAUAGGAGCCCUCGCUGGCCUAGCAAGUCAGUCCGUACUCGCCGGUCCUGUUAGACAUGGUCCGGGCCACUACAAUGGAAUACCAAUGCCACACGACUUUAGGAGAUUCGAAGAUAUAUAUCAUAAAAACACCAGGGCAUCCUUGGGGCCUCGCGGUUGUACGAGGAGAACCAUCACCAUCCGCAAAUCAUGGGAUAACCUCGAUGACACAACACGAGCAGAUUAUUUACGGGCGGUAAAAUGUCUGGCGGCUAAACCACCGAAGAUGGACACGAGUCUAGCGCCUGGCGCUGUUAACAGACUGGAUGACUUCACUUACACCCACAUCAACCAAACAAACAUAAUCCACCAAUCAGGCUACCUCCUUCCAUGGCAUCGUCUGUUCCUCUGGCAAAUGGAGCAGGCUCUGCGUAACGAGUGUGGGUAUAAAGGGUACCUGCCCUACUGGGACGUGGCCCGUUUCUCAGAAGACCAGUCCAAGUCCAAGGUUUUCGAUGGUUCUAUGACGUCUUUUGGUGGUAACGGCGCUCAUAUACCACAUAAGCCUCAUAAGGUCACCCUUCCCGGACUGGUUAUACGUAACUUCUCGCUGCCGAUGCCCGCAGGUUCGGGAGGCGGCUGCGUAACAGAUGGGCCCUUCAAAGACUUCACGAUCAGCUUGGGUCCCGUGGCAAAGGAGGUCAUCGACCCGGCCAACAAGUACGGCUACCAACCCAACAAACGGUGCUUGUCGCGAGAUUUCUACGACGGGGCAAGCAAGGGCGUUCUAACGUGGGCCAACGCUACGACUAUCGUGGCAUCCAAGAGCAUCAAAGAGCUCAGGAACAACAUCGAGGACCUGUGGCAUUUCAACUCGCACACCUUCGUAGGUCGCGACGCGGCGGAUCCGUUCAGCACGCCGAAUGACCCGGUAUUCUAUCUUCUACACGCGCAGAUAGAUCGCCUGUGGGCUAUAUGGCAGGGACAAGACCUGCACGAGAGGACUUACGGGAUCGAUGGGAACAGGACGUUUCUGGGUAUCGCGCUCGACUACGCGCCGGAUGUACCGCGGAGUCUGGCAACUAUAGAGGAUACAAUGAACAUGGGCUUGGGCUGGGCCCCUAGAGCCAAGGAGGGGAUGCCUACGACGGACUUUGGGCGGUGUUAUGUGUACGAAUAGAAACCUAGGUACCUCCUGUGCGGGAGACCGGAUCAUUUUCUUUUGUAUUAGAUCCAAUUACAAUUAGACAGAUACCGUACCAUUUAUGAGACAUGACCAAGG